GCAAAACUGAUCCUAGAUCAGACUCCUACUCUGAGACGCUUGAUAAACACAGUCCCAGAAAGUUAUUUUCCUCAAACUGUAGUUUUAGGCUCUUCUAUCCACAUCUAGUGGAUAAAGAGAGUACUAACCUAUUGCCCUGGUCUARUUGGUACACUGCAUUUAUAUAGACAGCAGUACAUACAUAACUACUCAGACUGUGUUUAUAGUACAGUAUAGUAUUAAAUAGAGAGACUGUGUCGAGCGAUACUAUCUCUAUGUUGGAGGCUUUAGACCUGUUUUUCUCCUUCCUCCAGACCUCUGUCUCUUCAGGAACACUCUAGCCCAAGACCCCAGAGUCCAGUCUCAGCCACCAGAAGCAUGACUCUUUCCAGGGCCAGCUCAGCCACCAGAAGCAAGACUCUUUCCAGGGCCAGCUCAGCCACCAGAAGCAUGACUCUUACCAGGGCCAGCUCAGCCACCAGCAGCAUGACUCUUCCCAGGGCCAGCUCAGCCACCAGAGGGCCAGAAGAGACCCAGGGGGCCAGAGGAGAACGGGGGUCACUGGUCAACAUGGAACUUCUUGGGUUGCCUAACAUUGGCAACACUUGCUUCCUUAACGCCACCCUGCAGUGCCUCCUGGUCCUGCCGUCCUUCUCAAAGGAAAUCCUGCACCAGGAACAACUCUGGAGCUCCUCCCCCUUCUCCAACCUGCUCAGGUAA